AUGAAUUUCGCUAUAACACCGCGAAAAAUUCCGUAUGAAAACAUUAUCUGUAGUGUUGAGGACUGUCUGUAUAAAAAUAAUAUUGGUAAAGAAGAUUUAGAGGCUAUACGUCAAGACAUUUCGUCCUUGUUACGUCGAAGCUCAGCGCCAAAAUUAAAUCUUCCCAAAGAUGAAUUUACUGCAUUGAAAAACUUACGCAACAGACCAGAUCUUACGAUUCUCCGCGCAGAUAAAGGUAAUGCUACGGUUAUAAUGGAUACGUCGGAUUACAAUUUUAAAAUACAACAACUUUUAUCGGAUGAAAGUACGUACGUAAAGGUCAAAACAGAUCCUACAACUAAUACGCUUAAAACAACUAGCGAUCUAAUAAAGAAAUACUCCGAGAAACUGAAUCUAGACGUAAAUUCGAUAAUACCUACGUGUGCCAAACCGCCGAAGUUGUAUGGGUUACCAAAAAUACACAAACCGAACGCUCCAUUACGUCCAAUAGUGAGUCAGAUCGAUUCGCCAACUUACAGAUUGGCUCAACACUUAGCAAAAGUACUAUCACCACUCAGAGGACAUACAAGAGCACACACUAAGGAUUCAUACCAUUUUGUCAGUGAGAUAAAAGACCUAUGUCUUACUGACAAUGAAACUAUGGUCAGUUUUGAUGUUCAGUCUCUAUUUACAUGCCUACCUGUUGAAGACUGCAUCUCAAUUAUAACUAGGAAACUAGAGGAAAACAACAUGCCAGCAGAAUAUGCAGUAUUACUCAGACAUUGCCUUACAUCUGGCUACCUAUUGUGGAAGGAACAGUUUUACAAGCAAGUAGAUGGUGUUGCGAUGGGCUCACCGGUAUCUCCCAUUGUCGCCGAUAUUUUCAUGGAGGACUUUGAGGAGAAAGCCCUGCUUACUGCACCAGUAACUCCAAGUUUCUACAAGCGGUACGUAGACGAUACUUUCACAAUUUUACCAUCAGACAAAGUAACUGCAUUUUUAGAACAUCUUAAUUCCAUAAACUCUAAAAUUCAAUUUACUAUGGAGUUAGAGGCAAAUAAUUCUUUAGCUUUCCUAGAUGUGUUAGUCAUUCGAAAUCCUAAUAACACCGUAGGUCACACUGUGUAUAGAAAAAAGACCCAUACAAACCGAUACUUAAACGGUGAAUCCCACCAUCACCCUUCACAGUUAGCUACCGUGGGCAAAUCUUUGUUGCAGAGAGCACGAGGGAUCUGUGACAGCAAACACCUGGCCGCCGAGCUUCAGCACGUCAAGCAGGUUCUGCACGACAACAAGCUUCGGGUUCCGCGCCUACGUCACAGUGACCGAGUGAAGCCGGCCACAGUCGAGCGUGUGCCUGCUGUACUACCAUAUGUCAGAGGUGUCACAGACAAGAUUGGCUACAUCUUGAAGCGAGCUUCUAUUAGAACAUUCUUCAAGCCGCCGAAGAAGAUUAGUCAGUUCUUACCAUCCGUCAAGUGCAAUAUUCCUCUACAAGAUGCAGGAGUAUACAAGCUUGAUUGUGAGUGUGGUCUCUCAUAUAUAGGGCAAACAAAACGAUCAAUAAAAACCCGCGUAAAAGAACACAUAGCUGACGUGAAGCACCAACGUUCCGGGAAGUCUGCAGUUUGUGAUCAUAUCCUAGACGGCCCCCGUCAUUACAUUAGAUUUGAUAAACCACAAGUCCUCGCGAAAGAACAUCGAUUCCUGCCAAGGAUGAUACGUGAGGCUAUUGAAAUUAAAAAACAUCCUAAUUUCAAUAGAGAGGGAGGCUGGGUACUACCACCUGCUUGGGAUCCUGUAAUUCAUAAAAUUAAAACUAAACCCAAGCAUACCACUGUAAGACUUCAAGACACAGUUAGUUCAUUCUGCGUAGAUCGGACCAAAAUUAAUAAUUAA